UGGCCGCCCCCUGUUCGCUGCGUCCGGGGGCUUGUGGGCGGUUCGCGGACUGGCAGCUCUGCCACCGCGGACCCGACCUCUGUCCUUACCAGCCGAUCCUUUACCGUGUCCCGGCACCUCGGCGAGGCGGAGGCCGGAGAGGGAACCAUGGGGACAGUGCACGCUCGGAGUUUAGAGCCUCUUCCAGCCAGUGGACCUGAUUUUGGAGCAUUAGGAGAAGAAGCUGAAUUCGUUGAGGUUGAACCUGAAGCCAAACAGGAAAUUCUUGAAAACAAGGAUGUGGUUGUUCAGCACGUUCAUUUUGAUGGACUUGGAAGGACGAAAGAUGAUAUCAUCAUGUGUGAAAUUGGAGAGGUUUUUAAGGCCAAAAACCUUAUCGAGGUAAUGCGGAAAUCUCAUGAAGCCCGUGAAAAAUUGCUUCGUCUAGGAAUAUUUAGACAAGUGGAUGUUUUGAUUGAUACAUGUCAAGGUGAUGAUGCACUUCCAAAUGGGCUGGACGUCACCUUUGAAGUGACGGAGCUGAGGAGACUCACGGGCAGCUACAACACCAUGGUCGGGAACAACGAGGGCAGCAUGGUACUCGGCCUCAAAUUCCCUAAUCUUCUAGGCCGGGCGGAAAAGGUGACUUUUCAGUUUUCCUAUGGAACAAAAGAAACUUCGUAUGGCCUGUCCUUCUUCAAACCACACCCGGGAAACUUCGACAGAAAUUUCUCUGUAAACUUAUAUAAAGUGACCGGCCAGUUCCCCUGGAGCUCUCUUCGGGAGACAGACAGAGGGGUGUCCGCCGAGUACAGCUUUCCCAUUUGGAAGACCAGCCACACUGUCAAGUGGGAGGGAGUGUGGAGAGAGCUGGGCUGCCUCUCGAGGACAGCGUCGUUUGCUGUCCGGAAGGAGAGCGGGCACUCACUGAAGUCGUCCCUUUCGCACGCGAUGGUCAUCGACUCUCGGAACUCUCCCAUCUUACCAAGAAGAGGAGCUUUGCUGAAAGUUAACCAGGAACUGGCAGGCUAUACCGGCGGGGACGUGAGCUUCAUAAAAGAAGAUUUUGAGCUUCAGUUGAAUAAACAACUCUUAUUCGAUUCAGUUUUCUCAACAUCUCUCUGGGGUGGAAUGUUGGUGCCUAUUGGCGAUAGACCAUCAAGUAUCGCUGAUAGGUUUUACCUCGGAGGACCAACAAGCGUGCGAGGGUUCAGCAUGCACAGCGUUGGACCACAAAGUGAAGGAGACUACCUGGGCGGAGAAGCGUACUGGGCCGGUGGACUGCACCUGUACACCCCGUUACCUUUCCGGCCGGGCCAGGGUGGCUUUGGAGAACUUUUCAGAACACACUUUUUUCUCAAUGCAGGAAACCUCUGCAACCUCAACUAUGGGGAGGGCCCCAAAGCCCAUAUUCGUAAGCUGGCUGAGUGCAUCCGCUGGUCUUAUGGUGCCGGGAUCGUCCUCCGGCUUGGCAACAUCGCGCGGCUGGAACUUAAUUACUGCGUGCCCAUGGGUGUACAGACAGGCGACAGGAUUUGUGAUGGUGUCCAGUUUGGAGCCGGGAUAAGGUUCCUGUAGCUGCCGCAGGGUCCUCCAGCCCCUCCCGGAGCAGCUCUGGGACGUGGAAAGCAGUGACUCACUCAGGCCCACACACUUUCUCUCUGAAUAAACACAUUGGAGUGAUUUUUUGACUGCAGCCCUUGUGGGAAACCAUGUCAAUAAAUUUUGAAGGCAAAUACUCA